UUCGACUUCAGUUUCCCAUCUUCGAUAGUUCCCACCCUCCGCUCACCCACUGCAUCCUUCAUGCAUCCCGCCUUGCAACCUCGUACUUACGGCUGGAUGCGUCGGCAAGAAAUAAGGUAGCAGGUAACAGUAAUCCUGGGUACUGGCUCCAUCCAGACGAGCCUGCGAUUUGUAUUUAUUCAGGUGGUUGUUCCUCUCUUGCGUUUCCCAGUUGUCCAGUUGUUUUCCAUCCCAUCGAUCCAUCUGUCUCUCUCCCAGGCUCACAGACCGAGUGACUGGGACUCUUAGUUGGUCCCUUCAUAAGCUACACAACUACAGCAAAUACCCGCGUUGACCCUUCAGCCUCUCCUCACCAUGCUUUCCUCUCUUGUGUCUGUGCUUGCAGCCACUGCCCUUCUCUCCUCCUCUCUCGUCUCAGCCGCACCCCAGAAUCUGCGCCAUGCCCGGUCAGCAGAGGCCAACCCCGGCUCCGGCUGGGGAUAUCAAACAUGCAACUCAGAGACGAUCCGAACACGAGUAGACUUCAACAGCAUGGCACCAGCCGAGCGCAAAGCAUACACCGACGCAGUCAAAUGCCUGAUGGGCAAGCCAUCACAGCUUGACCCAGCACAAUACCCUGCCGCCAUCAACCGAUACAUGGACUAUGCAGUGAUCCACGUCAACCGCACACAGUACGUGCACUUGGACGCCUUCUUCCUGACGUGGCACCGCUACUUCCUCUGGCUGUACGAAUCAGACCUUCGACAAAACUGUGGAUAUCAAGGCGCAUUCCCGUACUGGGACUUCGCUGCGACUGCGUCCGACCCACACGCAUUCCCAAUCUUCGAUGGAUCCGAGUACUCUAUGUCCGGCGACGGACUGUAUGACAACACAGGUCCCAUCACGCUUGGUGCGAACCUGACCAUCCCGCACGGCACGGGCGGCGGCUGCGUGACGACGGGUCCUUUCGCCAACAUGAUUGCCCCGAUCAAGUUCAUCGACCCCAGCAAUCUCACCACGGGCACUUUGCCUCCCGAUGCGUUUGCGUACAACGAGAUCUGCCUGCAGCGCGACCUCAACGCCUACGUGUCACAAACAUACACCAACCAAGCCGAGCUGACGGCCGCCGCGCACGCCAGCAACGCUUCUGAGUUUGAGUUCCUCCUCAACGGCAUCAUCGGCAGUUCCAGCUUGGGCAUCCAUUCCGGCGCCCACUUCUCCAUCGGCGGCCAGAUGAACAGCAUCCAUGUCUCCGCCCAGGAUCCCAUCUGGUACCCCUUGCACACCAUGAUCGAUAGGGUCUACACAAGCUGGCAGACCAACUACCCCGAACUCGCGGACCAGCUCGACGGCAGCACAGGCACCGCCCUCAAUAUACCACCCAGCCCUGUCGUCACUCUCGACACCGUUGAACCUGACUGGGGAUACUUCCAACUCAACCCCAUCCAGGUCAAGGAAUUGAUCAGCACUACUGCCGGCCCCUUCUGCUACCAGUAUGACUCGAUCAUUUCCUGAAGACAUCACGCACGCAUUGCUUGAUCAGAUCCAACAUUAACUCCAUGGCUUGUCAUGUUGACUGGCACUGUUUUUUAUGAAUUGACACAACGCAUGUCUGUAUGAAAGCCAUAUUGUACAUAGAGGCGCGGGGCAUGAUUGAUCCUUUUCGCCGCCAGCCCGACGCAAAGGACAAAAGGGACGAAAAGGUGAUGGAUGGCACUGGUGAGACCACAGCACGCAACACAUACCUUAAUGAUUAAAUGGGCGGAUGGAAUGAAUGGACAAACAAAGGGGAAAACUCAAUUGAGCGUCAUUUUUACCUCGACUUUUGCUUUCUCUACUUUCCAAAGCUCAGUUGACCGCUAGCUACUCUAAUGCAUCAAAUAAGACAUUGUCCCUUGAAAUAAAAUGCAUCUCUCUUCCGUCAAUCCCAAAGCCCUAGCCUCUUGCCCGACUUUUUCCAACACCGCUGCUGCUGCGCCAACGCCACCGACCAGCAAUUUUUCGUGUACUACCUAAGUCUCCAUCCAUAUCAUCAACGUUCAUACAGACCAAGGAGAUUCUAAGCAGUACUCGACCAACAGAUCGGCAUCGCCGCGACGGCCGCGCUCCGAGUCCGGGACGUUGAGCGGGAUGAUUUUGCGCGCAACUUGGUCGCCAUUGAUGGAGCCACCGGUAGGGCUGGUCUGGAAAUUGUUGAUGUUCCAUUUGCGCACGAGGCUGCGGCCGUCGCGCUCGACCCACUUCAAGCCACCUUCGGAGUCGGAAAAGACAAUCUUGGUCCCGUGCGAUGCCACAGACAGUAGUUUGGAUUUGGCUGCCUCUUGUCGGUUUUUGUAGCUGAACAGCGACGAUGAGUCCUCCUUGGACUCGGAAUUGUAGUCCAUUGGAAAGUCGGGUUCUCCUUCUUCUCCUUCGGACGAUGAUGUGGAAGAAAAGGUGCCGUUGGCGUUGCUGUUAGUAUUAUUGCCUUUGCUAUGAGGUAGUGAAUAUAGUUCGAGAGAUCCGCGGCCUCGGUACUCGC